AUGGGCGCCUGCUUUACCCUCAUAUUUGAGGGCUGUCCCUUGAAGGUCAACGCCACUGCCACUUGGGUCAAUCCCCUUACAAAAGCGCAAAUGAUCAUCUUUGGCACCAAUGACGGCAUUUACUACCUCAACCUGCAGGAAUUAGCUGAUGCAACUUUGGAAUUGUUGAUUCCGAGGCGGUGCAUAUGGCUGACAGUGUUCCGUGACACUAUGAUGUCGUUGUCUGGUAAUACGCCACACCUCUACAGUCACAACCUUGUCAACGUCAUGAAGGCCAAGAAUAGUCAAGAUCUGGCUAGUGGCACUCUAACUGGACGUCUACCCACUAAACUCCUUCCCAAACGCUUCCAGCCCACAGUGAAGGUGCCCAACACCCGCGGUUGCUAUAUUGCCAGUGUGGUGCGUAACCCUAGCAACGGUAACAAGUACCUCUGUGCUGUCAUUGACAAGUCCAUUCUUGUCUUUGAGUGGUUCAAUCCUCGCAGCACUUUUGUCGAGGUGAAGCGGGUGGAAGUGCCCUCAAUGCCCUCUCCGGUGUACACCUUUGAUCUCGUCUGCAACCGUGAUCAAAGUCUGCCCACGGUGUGUCUGGGUGUCUACAAGACCUCCGAUCCUAGCCGUUUUCGUCUUCACAUGGUCGAUCUCAACAAUGAUGAGAGUAAACCUCCUCCCUAUCCCUUCUCUCAGUGUCAGAUAGGAGGAGUUAUCAAUGCCGGGUCCUCCGCACUGUCUACUUCGUUUAUAUUUGUGAAUCAUUGCAGCAUAGACGUCGAUUUGACCACCUUUUCAUGGUAG